AUGAGAGUCACUGGCUUCCUUGCUGCGCUGAUGGUGGUGAGAACUCUGUCUGUCCAGGCUAAGAAACAUACGAAGCUUUAUUCAUUCGAACCAGACGAAGCUCUGGACAUCUGGAAUGACGGGCUCCCCACGCUCUAUACCUUCAAUGAGACCCACCUGGCCAACCUUGGUGGCUCAUGGUGGACGAGCUCCUUCAUCACCGGCACUGAAAGGGAACAGUCCCUCGUGAUCUCCCACAUCCUGGACAUUUCCGUGUGUGCGUACUUCCGUGCCUCCAUCCUAGGCAUCAACACCCCCGGCUACAAGCAAUUCCUCGUCCGGGGCUCAAGCAUGAUGCACAACAGCAUGAGACUUGAUCUCCAAGUCGGCAACAACCCGAUCCAGAGCGUCUCGGAGGACGACAUCUCCCAGAUGCGAGCCUACAGUAUCAACCCGAACUUCACCUUCGAUCUCAUCUUCAACGCCACUUUCCCAAUCUUGCCCAACGCGGGCGCCGGCGCAUUCAUUUUCGGGGCGGGCACAAGCAGCGAGUGGGCUCUCCCGCGGUGCAAGACCGAGGGCACACUCACCGGCAGCGACGGGAAGAAAGUGACCAUUGACCCCGACAACUCCUUCACCUGGUACGAUCGUCAAUACGGCACUGGCACCCCGCCCACGGGCAACUGGACAUGGUUCGAGUUUCACGUGCCCGGCCUCGAGUCCAAACUGAGCAUCUGGGCCAUCGACAACCCGGACACCAACCAGACCUCGCGCCUCGCCAACAUCCACGGCGCCGACGAUAAUAGUCAAGAUCUUCUUGCCGAGUUUUAUCCUAAAGAUCAGCGGUUUGGUUCGUUGGACAUCUCAAGCGUCCUGGCUGAUCAGGAGAUCGUCGGCACCAGUGCUCUAGAAACUGCCUAUGAAGGAUUCGUGGCGGUGAUUAGCAAGAUUCACGCCAAGCAUGUCCAGGGAUACGGGCUCGUUGCGAUCGUGUAUGGCUCGUGGGAUUAA